UUACGACUUCCUUUCCGAGUGAGUUUGCGGACGCUAAGUGUGUAGUGGAGAGAAGUGUCCUUAGGUCGUUUACAACGUGUAACCAUGGCCCCCAGCACGCAAGCGAAUGAUACAGUCUCCGGUGUAAGGAAAGGCAUUCGAGCCAUUCUGCUCGGGCCGCCCGGUGCGGGGAAGGGGACGCAGGCACCCAAGCUUGCAGAGAAGUACUGUGUGUGUCAUUUAGCUACUGGGGACAUGCUGAGGGCCAUGGUGGCAUCUGGCUCAGAGCUCGGCCAGCGGCUUAAGGAAACCAUGGAUGCCGGCAAACUGGUGAGUGAUGAGAUGGUGGUGGAGCUCAUAGACAACAACCUGGACACGCCUGCAUGCAAGAAUGGAUUCCUGCUGGAUGGUUUCCCCCGCACUGUCAAUCAGGCAGAAAUGUUGGACGGCCUCUUGGAGAAGCGUAGUGAGAAACUGGACUCUGUGGUUGAAUUCUCAGUUGAUGACUCUCUGCUAGUGAGCAGAAUUUGUGGGAGACUCAUUCAUCAGCCCAGCGGCCGGUCUUACCAUGAAGAGUUCAAGCCUCCCAAAGAGCCAAUGAAGGAUGAUGUGACCGGGGAGCCUCUUAUUCGCCGCAGUGAUGACAACGAGAUCACCCUGCGCUCCCGACUAGAGUCCUAUCACAAGCAGACGGCCCCUCUCGUGCACUACUACAGCGACCGCGGCCUACACACUGCUGUUGAUGCUUCUCAGUCCCCCGACCUCGUCUUUGCCUCCAUCCUUGCUGCCUUCUCUGCUGCUAACUGUAAAGAUCUUGUUUAUUUUGUCUGAAUCAUCUCUACAUCUACUCUUUCCUUCUGUAUGAAAUCCAGAUUCUUCCAUCCAGGUUGAUCCAGAUGUGAAAAUAAGCUGGAAGUGACUCAGAUGUCUAUUUUGAUCAUUCCAUGUAGUGAAUGUGUUUUGUAAUGAACACAGAUUUAACUGAAACCCAGUUGAUUACCUCCAAUAAAACAUGGGAGACUAUUUUCUACUAA